CUUUGAGUAUAAUCUUCUCUGGAGUACUGCGACUUCCAUUUGCCUUAAUUCUUUUGAUGCACCACCAGAAACAAAAUGACAUCGCACCGCGAGACUUUCUGGCGUGAGCCAUUGUUGCCGCCUGGAGGUGCUCCAAAAGCUUCCUCCACUUUUGCUGACAAAAAGGACGCUGAUGGCGAAACCGAGAAACCGGCGGCGCGGGAGCUCCUCAGCACUGGUCCAGACGGUGCCGUCGAAGUCCGGGUGAGAGUCAUAGCUGAGCUGCAAAAUAUGGAACAGAAAAUGGUCUUCACUUCCGUCUCCCGAGACACCACUCUCCGCAUGCUCGUGCAUGCCGUGUGGCACCGGCUUACCCACUCGGCCGCAGAAGUUGCGGUUGCCGCGGCUGUUCACACGCCGACUAAACAGAACCAUGCUGGAAGGAACAAUAAAGUCGAGCCUUCGGCGGAGGCGAGCCCGGACGACGAAGUAGCUGGCGCUCCCGAGCGCAAACGGUACAAGGAAGUCAAUGGUUUGCUCGACUGUUCAGCAGGACCUUGCGCUCUUCUACGAUUUCAACUGAAGCGUAUUAAAUUCCAGUCAUGCACUAAGACUGCUCGUUUCCUCUCGGAACUGAUCGUUCAAAAGAUUUGUGGCGCAACAUCCAAAGAGUGUCAUAAUUACAGGCGCAAGGAGGACACGCAGGAGGCGAACGCGGCUGCGGGGGGCCAAGCCUCGCGAGGUGCCACUACUGGAGGAGACCUUCCGAUGAAGGCACCAACGCACAGCAUGGAAAUCAAAGACCUCCUCGCCUCCAGCAGGAUUUUCGAAGCUGGGACCGAAAGUAACGGAACGUCCUCGAGGCUUGCGCAGGCAGCAGACGGGGUCUUCGAAAAUUCGCUUGCCAGAUGGAAGCAAAUGCUCGGAACCACCACCGGCGGUGAUAGUGCAGCUGCCGGCGCCAGAAGUCUUGUCGGGUUUCGAGUGUAUCACAAAAGGCACGUGGUCCUUCCGGGCAGCGUAGUCGGGCAUGUUAUUCGCGAAAAACGAACUCCAGCUUUGGAUAAGGAUACUACGUCAACAGCAGCAGAAGGCAUCGAUUUGGAAGUAGAGGUUCUGACGAAGGGCCACGCGGGUGCGAAAGAAACUGAGGAGCGAGCAGCUUUUCCUGACGAAGAAAAAGACUUCUUCUUCCUGCACGGGUUCGAGCCAGAUACUAUCAAAUACAUUAGGCCUGUGGAUAAUUCCUCUACUAGUACCGAGAAAACAACGGUUUCGACGACGCACACGCAGCAUAAAAAGACAACUUCGAAAGAGAAAGAUCUCAAACUCGCCGAUGUGGACAAAAAGCCGUCGGUGCUGAGCAAGAUCCGCUGUUUCGUUUUCGAUAUGGACGAUACGUUGCUGGAGUCCGAGCGGUGGAAGCGCGACAUUUUCUUCUUUGUGAUGCGCGACGUGGUCGCCCCGAAAUUGCUCGAGCGGUUUAUGGCGUUCUCAACUGUUACAUUCUCAGCUGUUACAUGGAUUUGUCAUGCAAAACCAGCAAUAGGGAAAGGGGAAAGCUUGCAAGUCUUGCAUCACAAAUUUGGCACGGAUUUAGAUGCUGUUUCGCCAUUCGAUGAUUUGUCAUUCGAAGCAGCUUGAUCGUCUUGCGGAUCAUGGUCAUUUUGCAUGACAAAUCAUGUAACAGUUGAGAAUGUAACAUUUGAGAGCGCCAUACGGUUUCAGAACAACGGACCCUUGCCAAACGCCACCAGUGUAGCCGACUUUGGGGACCUCGCCUACCCCACCGACCGGAACUCGCUCGAUCUGGAGUCCAACUCCCGAUUAGUGUACAAGGCUGAGAAGCGUGCCUCUGACGGUGGAGGGGCGAACAGCAAUAAGAUCUCGAACAGUCAAGACAAAGUGAAGAAAACGAACAGCUUCAGCUCUGCCCCACUGUCCCGCAGUCAAGCGGCGUUCCAAGAACAAAUUUACCUCAUUCUUCACGACCUGAUGGAGCACAUCCGCACCACGAUGCCCGGCGACCGCUACACCUUCUUCAACGAAAUCGCACGAAUUCUGAACAAGGUGCACUUUUUCAACCACUUUGAACUUCUGUGCGAGUCGAUUUUACGCGGCCCGGCAAAUAAGAAGAACGCUACCGAGGAGGAGCUGAAGAGGAUGAGAAAUCUCCAAUUUCUGUUAACCCCGCGGUCCCCCUGCGAUUUGAAGGAGGACGGCGACGAGUUUCAGCUCUUCGAUGGCCCUAGUCUCGCCAACGAGUACAGCAGAAUCUACCUGGAAGUGAUGACGGACGGGCGUGCGCAGGAAAUUCCGGGGGCGACAGAACUGCUGCAGUAUCUGGCGGAAAUGGAAAGGAAGAGGAAAGAAAAACAAGCAAGCCUGCCUGAAGAUGAACAGCCGAUAAAGAUCUACGUCUCUUCUCUGACCCCAGAAUCGGAUCUGCAGAAAAUGGUAACCAUGUACCAGAACGGCCGUUGGGCUAAAAUCCUGGACGGGUGCUUUGGAAAACUCCCGCUCGCAACGAGUAAGGACGUGGUGAAUAUGAAAAUUGUGAACCUACUACACAUCCAAGAGCUAGAAAAGACUGCAAGUAAAAAUAGCCCUCUUGCCACCGACGAGAUUGUCAUGGUUGGGGAUAGCGAUUCGGAUCUGUUAGGUGCUAGGGAAUUCGGCUGUCAUUUCAUCGGCGUGGGGCCAUACCAAAUGUAAAAAUGUCUGGGUCUGGAAACUUGUGAUGCUGGGUGGCAUAUCAUGAGGAAGCCACAAGUGCUGGCUCAGCAUGAGAAGUUUCUGAGCUUCUAGGUGUUGCCUAUUCUGCAUGACAAACUGCGUUUCUGCAUGACAGAAAAGUGGCGCUCUUGGGUAACGUGCAUGACAGAUUUGAGAGCCAUGCCAGACACGCAUGACAAACAUGGACUCUUCCAGACCCAGACAUUUUUACAUUUGAUAGGCCAAAGCUGCUCGCGAAAAGCAAGCUCGUUACUGAGGAAAUGCUGCACAGAGACUGCCACGACGUUUUGCGAACGCUGAAAGCACUGGAUAUCCCGUGAAAAUGAGGAAAAGAAGGAAAAGUCUCACGAU